AUGUCCACAGGUCCGCCGUCGGGCAUAUCCCUGGUGUCCACAGCUACUCCACGCAAAUCAGGACAGCAUACACCAGAAUCGUGGUCCAAAUGGACACACCCAUCUAUCGAGCCCUUAUUCACAAAGCAGGUCAUGAAGCCUCUUCCAUCUUGGACUGAGGCAUUCUCCCUUGUUAGUGAAUUCUUCGCUCAUGAACAUCAAGUCUUCCCGUGCUUCAAUGCACCAGCAUUCAUGUGUCUACUAGGCCAGCAGUACUCAGGUACGUGUACUGAGAGUCCAGCGUGGUGGGUCUCGCUCAACUCUGUUCUUGCAAUCACACAGCGUCGUCGGGCGGAGGCAGCUCAAUCGGCAGAAGCAGAGGAUCUAGCCUGGGCCUAUGCAUCAAAUGCACUUGCCGGGACAUGGGACGUUCUCAUGCGUAGUACACAAUUGUCUUCUGUCCAAGCUCUGCUGGCCAUUGCCUGGUUCUUCAUCGGAACACCAAAUCCGCAGCCCAGCUUCAUGCUCGUUGGUUGCGCUGUGCGUCUUGCACACUCAAUAGGCAUACAUGUCGAGAGCCAGGAUCCAUCUGUAAGUCCAGCAGAAGCAAAUAUGAGAAAGAAGGUCUUUUGGAUCGCGAUUUGUCUGGACCGAGAACUAUGCCUCCGAACUGGAAGACCCCCUUGUCACGACCUCAGCGCUGCCUACGUUGAUCCACCAAUGUGUUCUUUGGAUGAGACGGAAAUCAUCAAGAGUGUUGAUGGGCAUGAACUCAACCUCUUCAAAGGUCAGAUCCAACUGGCCGUGAUCCAGAGCGCGAUUUACCAAGAUCUUCAUUCAAGCAAAGCUCCACCGAACUGCGUUGCAGACUCGGUGGCGGACCUACUACAGAAGCUGGAGAAUUGGCGUGUUGAAUUUGCACCGGCUCUCAGUCAUGGUUGUGCUGCGAGGUGCGAGCAUCAUGGGUUGAUGCGGCUGUACUUUUCCUACUACAAUGCCGUCAUCGUUGUGAGCCGCGCACACAGCCUAACUUUCUGGGUAUCGCCAAAUCACCCGGAAAUUCUAGCCCUUCCUUCAAAGAUGAGAGACUCCAUAGAGAAUUGUCUCAACGGGUCGCGAUGCAUCAUUGAGUUAACCAAACUUAUACCAGUCACAAGGAAGAGCUUGCACUGGUGA